AUGGCUACGUCAGCGACUUUCUUCACCUUCAGCAACACCAUCAAUGGCGAGGCGCGCACAGGUCCUCGCCUCACUCAAGCCGUGAAUCCCUCCAACAAGCAGCCUCUCUGGGACGUGCCCGUGGCGAGCGAGGCGGACGUGGACGAAGCAGUCGCCGCGGCGAAGCAGGCCUUCCCGAGCUGGUCGCGGACGCCAUGGUCUGAGCGAGCCAGACUGCUCGCCCAGGCGCGGGAAGCGCUGCUCGCGAUCAAGGACGACAUGGCGAGUGUUAUCAUGCAGGAGAAUGGCAAACCUGUAGGCAGGUCGAAGUUAUGCAAACGUAGCAUUAUACUAAGACGAAACGCAGAUACAGUUUGCGCGGAUGGAGGUGGACCAUUCGCUCGGGUUUCUGUCUUUUCAUUUCGUGGAAUAGCGUCUCAUCCAGAGCUCCAGCCCAGGGUAGUCCAGGACGACGCCGAUCUCCGCCUGAGCGUGCGAUAUGUGCCCAUGGGCGUCGUCGCGGCCAUCUGCCCGUUCAACUACCCGCUCGUGCUGGCCAUGGGCAAGAUCGGAGCGGCCCUGCUGACAGGGAACACGGUGAUCGUGAAGCCGUCACCGUACACGCCGUACAGCGUGUUGAAAUUCGUCGAGGUGGUCAAAUCCAUCUUCCCGCCAGGCGUCAUCCAGGCCCUGAACGGGGACGAGAAGACCGGCCCGCUGCUCGUCGAGCACCCGGACGUGCAGAAGAUCAGCUUCACGGGAUCGAUCGCCACGGGGAAGAACAUCAUGGCGACGGCGAGCCGGACGCUGAAGAGCAUCACGCUGGAGCUAGGCGGGAACGACGCGUGCAUCGUGUGUCCGGACGUGGACAUUUCCGUGGUGGCGCCGCAGGUCGCGAUCGGGGCGUUCCUGAAUUCCGGGCAGUUCUGCCUCGCGAGCAAGCGCGUCUACGUGCACGAAGAUAUCUACCAGCCGUUCCUGCAGCGCCUGACGGAGAUCGUCAAGCAGUGGAAGACGGGGCCCUCGACGCCGGACGCGGGGAACAUGCUGGGGCCGAUCCAGAACGAGAUGCAGUACAACUUUGUGAAGCGGUUCUACGAGGACGCGCAGAGGAAUGGGUAUAAGUUCGCGCUGGGGAGUGCUGAAAUCUCCGACGAAGGCAAUUUCGUCAUCCAGCCAGCGAUCAUCGACAAUCCGCCGGACGAAUCCAGAGUCGUGAGAGAGGAAGCGUUCGGUAGAACACCAGCAUUCCUUUGUUUUUUUUUUUUAAAAA